UUAUUGGACUGAGAAACACAUUUACAGUAGAGAGCUCCCGUGCGCGUGACAGUGCUUCAUGAUGGAUUUUAUCGACGCUAUCAGACGCGUGGAAUGUUGCGCUGAAUUACGCGCGUCGCGACGCGUCAGGGUCGCGCGACGCUUUCACCGUUAGAACCGCUGGAGCUCAACGGGUACCACAUUAACCUUUACCAUGUUUUACCAGAUCUGAUCUCUGUUAUCAGAAUGAGAAGUGAAGAUCUCAGCAUCAGAGUUGUUAUUGUGAUGGUUUUCCUGUGGCCCGUUCUCGAGUGUCAUCAUGAAGAAAACCAAAGAAAGAUCCGGUCUGCAGCUGAUCCUCAAUCGUCAGGGUCGUGGGGAUCCUGGGGUCCGUGGCGGGACUGUUCACGUUCCUGUGGUGGAGGACUUCAGGAACAGACCAGAGUUUGUUUGCCUCAUCACAGUCUUCAGUCUUCUGUAAAUCCAGCUCAACAGACGGGGAACGGUCACACAUGGAUACCACCGAACAGACCCGCAGCAGAGAGCUCGGGUUUAAAUCCACCCAGACCAAGAGACCAGAGACCGCUGGGUGGACUGAGGAAAUCCAACAUCAGUCCAGGCACCUACGCUUACGGCAGAACAUCUUUACAGAAAGAUUUCACGUCCAAGCACAGACAGAGACGCUCUGCAUCAAACAUCUCACGUCACAGAGCCAGGACGCAUCAUAGGAACGUAAACACGCGUCAGCACCCGGCCCGGGUUCACAUACAGCAGCCCGGUGUAACCCAGACCACAGCGACAUCACUGCUAACCAGACACAACGCUCCUCUCCCAAACACCUCCUGUCCUGGAUCACCAAUCCAACACAAGAUCUGUAACAUCAUGGCCUGUCCGUCAUCAAGCAGACCAAUCAGAGAGCUGCAGUGUUCUGCGUUUAACACACGCCCCUUCAUGGGUCGACUGUAUGAAUGGGAACCUUUUCAUGACGGUGAUAAUGAAUCGGACUGUCAGCUCAACUGUCGUGCCGUCGGCUUUCGUUUCUACGUCCGUCAAUCUGAUGACAUCAUUGAUGGGACUCCAUGUGAACAGAACAACUCGUCUGUAUGUGUGGCUGGAAAGUGUGAGACGGUGGGCUGUGAUGAUCUGGUGUCUUCAGUGAAGGUUCGUGAUAGAUGUGGUGUCUGUGCUGGAGAUGGCAGAACCUGUAAGCUGAUCUCAGGUCUGUUCCAGCACAGCCUCUCUAAAGUGGGUUACCACAAGAUCGUGGAGAUCCCUCUGGGUGCUACUAAAAUAAACAUCACAGAGAUGGUGAAGAGUAGAAACUAUCUGGCUCUGCGCAGCCGGUCUGGCCGAUCCAUUAUUAAUGGAAACUGGGCCAUUGACCGUCCAGGAAUGUACGAGGGAGUAGGAACCAUGUUCACAUACAGACGACCCAACGAGAUCACCAGCACCGCAGGAGAAUCCUUCUUGGCCGAAGGACCCACCAAUGAGAUCCUGGAUGUUUAUAUGAUCUACCAGCAGCCCAAUCCAGGCGUUCAUUAUGAGUUCCUCAUGCCUUCAGAGAACCCUGGAGACCCUCAGCGUGACGUAAAUGUUAUAAACAGAGAGUCUGGUUCUGAUCCGAUCGGCCGGAAGGGUCCAGAGGAACGUGAGCGGUCAGGUGUGAACAGGAAUCCAAAUAAUCAGUUACCUGCUGCUCCUCACCCACAAACACCUAAAGAAUACAACUGGAAACUCACCGGCACCACAGACUGCAGCGCCUCCUGUGGCAGAGGUAGCAGGUACGGCGUUUUCAGCUGCGUCCAUCGCAUAACGCACGCGCAGGUGUCGAGCGGUCUGUGUGACAGCAGUACAAAACCCAGCCAGCAGGAGGAGCCCUGUAACGUUCAACCGUGCCCGGCAUUCUGGGAUAUCGGCGAGUGGUCCGAGUGCAGUAAAACCUGCGGUCUGGGAACGCAGCAUCGUCAGGUUCUGUGUCGUCAGAUGUACGCCAACCGCACUUUAACCGUGCACGGCAGUCGAUGUCAUCACCUGGAACGACCGGAGAUCAGCAGCACCUGUCAGCUGAAGAUCUGCAGCGAGUGGCAGAUUCGCUCGGAGUGGAGUCCCUGUUCAGUGCCCUGUGGUGUAGGUCAGCGGUCACGGCAGGUGCAUUGUGUCAGUAAUGUUGGUGAUAUUGUGGAGGAUGAGGAGUGCAACAUGCAGCUUCGCCCCGGUGAUGUGGAGAACUGUGAUGUGGGUCCGUGUACAAAAAGCUGGUUCUUCAGUGAUUGGGGUUCUCAGUGUUCUGCAGAGUGUGGCGUGGGCAUGCGGACACGCAAUGUUUUGUGUCUCACCAAUCACAUCAGUAGUUUGCCUCUGGAGGGUUGUGGAUCUGAGCGCCCCCCCGAGGUGCAAGCCUGUAACAACGGCCCAUGUGAGAGUCGCACGGAGUGGUUUGCUGGACCCUGGAGUCAGUGCUCGGCGGAGUGUGGCCCCGGCGGACAGCAGAGGGCAGUAGUGUGUUUGAUGAGAUCAGAUGAGGGCUUUACUGUGAUGCCCCCGUAUGAAUGUUCAUCUCUGGACAAACCUCUCAGCCAACAGAGCUGCUUCAUCAAAACCUGUGGAGCCAUGUGGUACCACACAGACUGGAGCCCGUGCUCAAAGUCGUGUGAUGGUGGUUACCGUGUGCGAGAGGUGCGCUGUAUCUCUGAUCACAUGAUCACCACUGACAGCUGUGAGGAAACAUCAAAGCCACACGUGAAAGAGAUCUGUAACCCUGAGCCCUGCCUUCCUGUGAUUGAUGAGAAAUGCAGAGAUAAAUAUUUCAACUGUAAUGUGGUGGUCCAGGCGCGUCUCUGCGUGUAUGAUUAUUAUAAGAUGGCGUGUUGUGCCUCCUGUAGACGUGUAGAGCAGAAGAUGUCUGGACAGCGACGACACAGAUAAAGUCCAUGAAGGUCACAUCAGAAGAUCUCAUCACUGCAAGAUAACAGAGACGACUGUGUGUGAAGAGCAUCUGAAGAACAGAAGAGAUGUUCAUGAUCAGAUGAUUGAACUACAGAGGAGAGAUAGACAGUAACUCUUUAUAUGAUGCUCAUCUGAUGAAGAACAUCAGCAUCACUUCUGAGAGUCAGACUCUUAUUAUUGAUCUCCAGUGGGUUCCUCUGAACACAUCAACAUGUUGUGAUACCUCAAUACUGAAGAAACAUUCACACUGCGUUUAUUGCAGGAGUAAAUACUGGAUGUGAAUCACUCAAUAAACCUGUCAGGUUUAGUGUAGUCACAAACCAUAGCAGUGAUUCACAGCUGUAAAUAACAAUCCAUUUGCCGUUAAAGAUUUUUCACAAAGAAAUUUAACAACUGCUUUAACCAAUGGUAUUGUCAUCCAGCUAUUUUUUGCAAAUUAUUUUAAGAAACACGUUUUAUUUUUUGUCUUUAUCCUGCUAUUAUAAACAGUGCUCUCUCUUUCUACUUAUGUGUAUUUAUAUUGUACACACAAUCAGAAUUGUCAACAUCUUCAUAUAUAAAACUAAAGGCCAGUCCUAAUAUAUA